AUGAGUCCUAUUGUUACAAGCGUUGUGUGCUGGCAACCGGUGACCAUCAAUGCUGGGUCGUCUAAGAAAUUUUAUAGUGAUGAACUCACUCGAUAUUUCACAAGAGGUCAACUGUUAUUGAAUUCACUGACAGCCAAAACUCUACAAGAAGCCAUCGACGAUUUGAAUGAUGUAUACGAAUCGGACGACGAAAAGGACGAUGGUCAUGACGAUGAUCACUCAGGUGAACAUACAGACGGCGACAAUGACCAUUCUCAUGAGCACAGCGAUGAAAUGACGACAAAAGAUGGCCAUACUGAUGACCAUGGCCAUGAUGAUCAUGAUAACGAUCACGUGACAGCCCCUACCAUGGUCCAUGAUGACCAAUCGACGGAGUCGGUUCACGAUAGCCAUGAACAUGACGAUGACCAUGAUAGCCAUGAAGCGGACAGUCAUGAACAUGAUGAUGACGUCCCCAAAGUCAACCUUCAUAAGACUAAAUGUUUGAGUGCAGGUCGGCUGUAUGAUGAGAUGUACAAAGAUCCGCUAGAGGACGCGUUUGGUGAUGAGCACGAUUUAGAGGCCCUGUCCCAGCUGCUCCUCUAUCACAUGCUGUCAGUGUCAAAGGUGAAAGUCUUAGAGGGUAUAGUAAUAUUGGGAUAUUUGAUUUCCAUUCCUGUUUUGUACAUUGAUUGGGUUGAUAUAAGUUUUGCAUUGGACUCUACUGACAUUGACAGAAAAAGCCUGUUGUUGUGUGUAUGUGAGAUAAAUAAAUUCAUCUGUUACCACCAUAGUUGUUUAUUCCAUUGGAAAACCGUAACAGAAAUGGCGCCCACGUUGGGACUCAAGAUGAUGACGAAACCACCCACCGGUAGAGGUCCAAAUUCACUAGGAGCCUAA